AUGAGGCAGGCUCCGGAUCUCUGGCUCCUUACACUUGCAGCACUGCUCCAGGUGUCAAAGCAGGGCCCUCACCAGAGGAAUCUGUUGAGGGAGCUUCUGAGGGACUACAAUCCCAUGGAGCGGCCGGUGGCCAAUGACUCCAACCCCCUCAUCGUGAAGUUCUCCUUCAUCCUGAUGCAGGUCAUGGAUGUGGAUGAGAAGAACCAGAUUUUGACCACAAAUGCCUGGCUGCAAAUGCAAUGGUAUGACCACUACCUGCAGUGGAACCAGUCCGAGUAUCCUGGAGUCAAGAACCUUCGCUUUUCUUCUGACCAGGUCUGGACCCCCGACAUCCUGAUGUACAACAGUGCUCACGAUAAGUUUGACGCCUCCUUCAAGACCAAUGUGUUGGUGAACUCCAGUGGCUUCUGUGAGUUCCUGCCUCCAGGGAUCUUCGUCAGCACGUGUUCUGUGGACGUGACCUGGUUUCCGUUCGACAUCCAGCGCUGCGAGAUGAAGUUCGGCUCGUGGACCUUCGACGGCUGGCACCUGGACAUGCAGAUGAAGGAGGCCGACAUCUCAGGCUUCAUGCCCAACGGGGAGUGGGACCUGCUGGAGGUACCCGGGACUCGUAACGAGAACUUCUACGACUGCUGCGCGGCGCCCUACCCGGACGUGACCUUUGUGGUGACCCUGAGGAGGCGGACCCUGUACUACGCCCUCAACCUGCUCAUCCCCUGUGUGCUGCUCUCCUCCAUGACCCUGCUUGGGUUCCUGCUGCCUGCCAACUCCGGGGAGAAGAUCAGCCUGGGCAUCACCGUUCUCCUCUCCCUGACUGUCUUCAUGCUGAUGGUGGCUGAGAUAAUGCCUGCUACCUCAGAUUCAGUUCCCCUCAUCGGCCAGUACUUUGUCAGCACCAUGGUGAUCGUGGGAAUGUCCGUUGUGGCGACCGUCUUCGUGCUUUGCUUCAACCAUCACGACCCCAACAGCGGGGACAUGCCCAAGUGGGCGCAGUUGGUUCUGCUCCAGUGGGUCCCCUGGUUCCUGCGCAUGAAGCGGCCGGGUGAGACGGCGGACCUCCCGCCACCCAUUCCCACUCACGUCAGCUCCCAGAGCAAGGGUCUGUCCUCGCCCACCACCACCGCCACCACCGCCACCACCCCCAACCCGGCCCCCACCAUCUUCCCGCAGACCCUCAGCUUCUUGCAGGCCCGGCUGGCCCAGCUGAGCCCCCCGAGCCACCCCCCGCCCCCCGGCCGGCCCGGCACCCAGCAGGCCGCCCAGAGAGACGUCAGCCCCGGCUCCCAGCCGCCGCAGCCCAACGGACACCUGCCCUACAUGGGCUUCCAGCCAUACCCCGCCCCCGCAGAGCCUGAGCCGGAGCUGAGGAAUUGCAGCAUCAGCCGGGGGAGGGCUGCUGCUGGGGGAGGAGACGCCAUGGGAGGGAGAGGAGGAGGGGGAGGAGGAGAAGGAGAAGGAGGUGGAGCGAAUGGAGACACACCACCAACCCUACACCACCACCCAGUGCUCCCGGGGUUCGAGGUCGCCACACACCUGCCCCCCGUGUCCCCACCCUUCGAGUCCUCCAUUUGCCCCGGGGGCUGCCUGGAGGUGGGAGGUGAGGGGAGCGUGGGGGGGAUGCACGCCCAGUGCUGCGCGCUCCAGCCAGACUCUGUGGACGGACAGCUACAGGCCCUGCUGGAAGAGGUGCGCUACAUCGUGGAGCACAUCCGGGAGCAGGACCGGCAGCUGAGUGUGGCGGAGCAGUGGCAGUUCGCCUCAGCCGUCAUCGACCGCCUGUGCUUCAUCGGGUUCAGCGUGUUCAACGUCAUCUGCACCAUAUCCAUCCUCAUGGCCGCGCCCAACUUUGCAGAAGCAGCAUCCAAAGACUUUCUGUGA